GCUAUAAAAGGGGAAAGGUCCUCUUCCAUUAUAAUGGUUUUAAGGUAGAGGGAGAGAGAGACAAAAGAGCGAUAUGGGGAGGAGUCCAUCUUGCCCCAAGGAAGGACUCAACAAAGGAGCUUGGACUGCAUUGGAGGAUAAAUUACUUGCAUCAUAUAUUAAAGCUCAUGGGGAAGGCAAAUGGAGCGACCUCUCCAGGAGAGCUGGUUUGAAAAGAUGUGGCAAAAGUUGCAGACUUAGAUGGCUGAAUUAUCUUAGACCAGAUAUCAAAAGAGGCAACAUCUCCCGUGAUGAAGAAGAACUCAUUAUCAGACUCCAUAAUCUUCUUGGAAACAGGUGGUCGUUAAUAGCUGGAAGGUUACCGGGGCGAACAGAUAAUGAAAUCAAGAACUACUGGAACACUGUUUUGAGAAAGAGAGCCAAAGGUCAAGCAUCCAUUGGAACUCCUCCAAGCAAAUCUACACAUAAAAUGCUAUCAACCGAGUCUGGAGUCUGUGAACCCUUGCGUUCACCCCAGGCUACGAAAGCAAAAAUCAAAGUGAUUCUAACUAAAGCCACUAGGUCCAGCAGCAAGGUCAGGAUCCCAACACAGCUACCUGCAGCUCAACAUACUGAUAAGCUUCGAGAUGGUCAGCUUAACUCAACAAAUAAUAAUCAAGAAAUGAGUGGAGAUAUUGCAACGGUGGAAGCUCACAGUGGAACCCAAGUGCUUGAUUCGUUGUACAGUGAUGGUGGCGGCUCAGAUUUGUUAAAUGAGCAGCUAAAGGAAAGGGAUGUUGAAUUUGAGGAGAACCCUAUGCAACCCUUAGCCUUUGAUGAGGCAAUGUUUAAGAAUUGGACCGUAAAUCAUUGUCUUAAUGGCAAUGACGCCAUGGAUUUUGAUUCCUUGGCCUUUUUGCUCGAGACGGAUGAAUAUAGCUUUUGCAGGAAUAUCAAUUUCCAAACAUAGGGUGGAAAUUAAUCAAUAUUGGUUGUAUCUAUUCUUAGAGAAAAUACUGCUACUUUGCUUGUUGAAAGCUGCAUAUAAUAAACUCAUCAACGAGUAUGGUUAAUCCUGACCUUGAUGUUUUUAGAA